CAUUGGAUAAUUCUUAAAUCCUAAGAUAGUAAUAAAACAAUUUAAAGUAAUGGGCGUUACAUUAAUACCAAAAAAUAAAACUGUACAUAGUAAACUAAUGUAAUGGUUCUAUAAAAAUGGAACAGCACAAGAAUAAAAAUCCGUCAACCAUUACUUUAAAUAAUUUCGUAGAUGCUAUUGACUAUGACCUUCAGUUCCCCACAUGGAGCAUGGAAUAUCUAAAAAAGGCUGCCACUAAUCAAAAACUAGUUAGACCUCAUAGCCUGGCUUGGGCUAUACUGCUCAAUGCCAUACCACCUCCUUCGGGUGACAUUGUGAUUAGCAUCAAAGGGCAUAGAAAUUUUUACAAUGACCUAAGGGCCAAGCUGUCUAUGGAUCCUCGUAACGUAAUUGGAGAUGACCCAUUAUCACAGAGUGACAAAAGUGCUUGGAAGCAGCAUUUUUGUGACAAUGAGCUAAAGGCAUUGAUACUACAGGAUGUGGUAAGAACAUAUCCAGAUGAAGCUUAUUUUCGAGACAAAGAUGUACAAGACAUGAUGGUGCGAAUGUUAUUCUUCUGGGCCCGGACGCACCCUUGUCCGGGCUACAGACAGGGAAUGCACGAAAUACUCGCACCCCUCAUGUAUGAGCUACACAUGGAUAGGAUACACGCACCUUCGCUAUUGAGUGACACGCUACAACAAUUUCUAGACGAAAAAUACUUAGAACAUGAUAGCUACAUGCUGUUUAGUGCUGUUAUGAAGGGUCUAGAGCGGUUUUACACGACGGGGGACGUAGUGCCAACGCCCACCGGCCGCUUGCCCACAUCCAAAACUGUACAUAAUCAAAACGAAGCAGUGAAAUAUUUGCAAUUCGUAAAGGAGGAGUAUUUAAUGAAAUUGGAUCCCGAAUUAGCGAUACAUUUAGAUGAAUGUGGCAUUUCUAUGGAACUCUUUGGGAUUCGCUGGCUUCGACUGUUGUUUGGGAGAGAAUUUCCACGUGCCGACAUACCACAGCUGUGGGGUUUUUUAUUUGCGGAUGGUCCUAUGUUACCCAACAUACAUUACUUUAUAUUAGCCAUGCUGAUGUCAAUAAGAGAUACGCUGUUGUCAUGUGAUACUGGCGGCGCGCUAUCCGUGCUAAUGCGUGCAGCGCGCGUGCGUGCGGCGUACGCGGCGGCGCUCGCGCUACACCUCGCCGCGCCGCGCACGCACCCCGCCCCGCCCCCGCCGUCCCCGCCCACGCCGCCCGUGUCUAUGUCGUCGAGUAUAACAGACGCGCGCGGUGAGGAGGAGGGCGUGGAGUGGUCGGGGUCGGAAGCAGGUGACGGUCCAGGAGGCGUGUCGGAGGGCGUGGCGGAGGGCGGGGACGUGGCGCGCGCGCUCGGCACGCUAGCACUACUGCGGGCGCGUUUACCGCCGGCCGCGCGCGCGCUGCGAGCCGCUUUGCCCCGCCCCCCGCCCAACGCCGCGCACCCGCUCAACCAGAUACUGCAGUUGGCAGCCCUGCUUGAGUGCAGAAAUCAUUCCCUCAUAGACGUCGAGACAGCCCUGGAGGCGGCUGAAAAUCAAAACACAGACGAAGUGGGGCGGCGUGUCAUAGUGCCCGUAGUCGUUAACAACAGGCAGAGAGAAGUCAAAGUGCGAAACAAUAAGAACAAUAAGCCAGUGCAAGUGAAAAAAAUUAAGGAGGUGCCAUUAAAAGUGUUCCAUCAGGCCGAGUGCCACAGUGCGACCGACUUUCCCUUCCUAGACCCGCUCCGACUCAGAACAGAAUGACUACGUCGCAAAAUUAUGCUGUACAGUUACUACCAUUGAUUUUCGUUUUUAUCAUAGACAAUUUCUAUUUAGUCACAAAAUAUUUAGAAAUAGCCUAGGUUACUGCCAAUUUCGUGUUAAAAAUAUCAUUUUCACUUCUAAUUUUAUACUAUUUAGUAACUUUUCAAAGUAGAUACUUAUAUUAAAGAAGUAUUAAGUUAUGUUAUAGUAGAAAAUUGUUAUCAACAAAGUAAACAAAAUCUAUUACCUAUGUAUUUAUAUACUACAAAUGAACUGUGAUAAAUAUAGAUUAUUAUUUUGCUUACAAAUAUGUAUACAGUAGUACAAUAAGUUAAAUUUAAUUUUACUAGAAAAUAAUUAUAAAUUGUUGCUCAUUUGCCAGUAGAAUUACUGAAAUGUGUAAAUUCUUUAAUAAAAUGUAUGAUGCACAU